CCAGGGCUGGUUUAUCUGACAGAAAUUAGGACCGGGUUUGUCUCUUCUUGAAUGAUUCUUUAGCUCAAGUCAUAAUCCAGACAAAUGAGGAAAUUCUGGGGCAUUACAUGUCAUUUUCAACUGAUGUUCCACGGAUUAUUGGAUCCAGCAGUCCAUGUACAUGUCCUUCCCACUCCACCAGGAAAAGCGUUGGACGCUUAUAUUAUAAAGGUAAGGGGGGGGGAGAGCUGCGCAUCAGGGCCUAUUAAACAUGAAGUACAAUACAGUAUAAUCAAACAAUUAGCCACCAAAAAUAAUUUUUAUGCGAAGAAAUUGUCCUUGAUAAAGGAUUGUGAAAUCAUUUUUAGAUUCUAAAUCAACACCUCAUCAUUGCCAUGUCCCAGGAAGUUAUGAAUUUUUUUUUAGGUGUGCCGGUAUUUUAAUCAUUGAACAUGCUGUCGUUCUAUGUCUAUAAAAUGUACACUGUAUUGAAGGAAACUUCGGGAAAAGUGACUGAACAAACACAUAACGUACAGGCCUUAAAUGUCUGCAACACCUUCCGCGGAAUUGAAUGUGUCCUGUAUUCUCUGCGGGAGUGAAUAAUGUCACUUCAAAAAUCGCCGCGGAUGGAACGGCCGUGGAAGUUUUCAUCGCGGAAGUGAUCCCGCAGAAAACCCCCCGCGUUAUGUAAAAUUAGUCUUAGUUUUUGGUUGGGUAUUCACUGCAGAUAUGAAACUCUCCUUUCCGGAAUUAUGAAUACGUGUAUUAUUUGGCAUCCGUUGAAGUUCUAGCUGAUGUUUGGCGAUUAUCUUGUUUUGAUAUAACUUGAGCAAGCGUGUAAGCUCUGAUCGUUGAAACUUGGGCUCUAGUACCUAAACUCGCACACUUGACAAUGUGUUCCUGAAAAUUCGUCGUCUCGGCGGUGCGUCGAUGAUAAGAGCGAAGAUGAGGGUGAACAUAGAUUCGAAACAGUUCGAAUCCGCGCUAGUGAUAGUGCUACGAACCCCGGGAUUGUACUUACUGGAUAGAUGGUGGCAGCUGCGACCCCCGGACGAUCGAGAAGUGUCGUUGCCAUUAACUUUGCUGUUGCCGAUGUUCGGUGCUGGUUGCUUACUAUCUACGCUGAAUUUGGAGGCACUUGUCGCAGUGUACAUGCAUACAUUUGCCGCCAUUCUUCUUGUUGUCUCCGAUAUUUUUAGCCGUUAUUAUGUGGUCUCGGAAAUCGAAGCAUUGAGCCUGCAGUAUCCCAAAGGUCAGCUGCGUCAUUUUGCGGCUAUCGCCUUUCAUCUCAUCAUCGCAGCCUUCGUCUGUUUUCUCCUGGACAUUCGAAAUGACAAGAAGAGAUUACUCCUUUGCAGUCAUUGCCUUCCUGUGUUGACCAGAAUAGCAGGCGUGCGUGGUGAUACUAUGUUACUCUUGCACAACAUCCUUUCGGUUGUUCUGCUUAUCGCCGCGGGAAUAUAUGUCAUUACCAUCGUUUUCCCUGCGUUGAUGAAUUGGGCGAGGAAGCGCUGGAAUGAAACUUGCUCAGCAAGUGAAGCGGAACAAGAUUCCAUCAUAUCAGGAUAUUCUUCUCUCCGGUUCUUUGAUCAGUUGCUUCCUGCGCAAUUCUUGCUGCUUUGGAUUUUUCUGUUUAUUUCGAACCUGUUCGUAACUUGUCAAACAGAAGCGCCGUCGCUUUUGUGCCUGGUCAGUGCUGCUGCGAAUUCGUGUUGCUCACCGAUUGGACUUGUCGCAACUGGCGUUAUGAUUGGCCAGACAUCAAAGCUUCUGUUGAUCGCUUUGAAAAUAUUUCUUGUUGGCGAUGGUUCAAAUUAUGGCGAUCAAGACUUCUUUCUACAAUCCGGGUGGACCGAAGGAUUCACGUUCACUUUGCUUGCAUUUCAGGGAAGUCUAGUGGAUACCGAAAUGCCGGAAAAAGCUGGUCUCAUGUCAAUUAUCUUGUUCAUUGUAUUUUCAUCGCUGGUUCAGUCUGCCUUUGAAGUGACAGAACCAGUAGUCUUGGCGCUCGGUGCGUCUGAAGUGAAGUUCAGUCGUGCCUCAUUGAUAAAACAUGGACGAGCGGUGGUUUUGUGCUUGGCUUUGUUCAUCUUUCCACUCUGUAUGACAAUCAUGUUGAGCCAAGUUUUGGAUUUGGAUUUCUGGUCGCUCAUCGUGAUUUCGACGUGUCUUGUAACCAGCGUUCAAGUACUGGGAUUGCUGAUCGUCUAUUGUCUUUUUUUAUACGACAUGACGAAAACUGAACCAUGGACGAAGCUGGAUGAAGUCGUUUAUGGUGCCCGAGCGAUGACGCGAGUUCUGGAAUUUCUUAUCGCCGUUUUCGUGGUGUGCGUUGGUCUGAAAGAAUUGUUCGGGGAAGAGUGGUCGAUGAUGAACUGUUCCAUUGUCUUCGUGCAUUGCUAUUUCAAUGUUUGGCAACGGCUACAAGCGGGCUGGACCUCUUUCUUGAGGCGCAAGGAUGCCGUGAAAAAAGUUAAAGCUUUGCCGAGCGUGAAGCUAGAAGACGCGAAGAGGAUGUUGCGGGUGACAGGGGGUGUUAGCGCGCGGUUGUGCCGAGGGCAUAUUUUUGGGAAUACGCUGCUCUGGACUUCAUCUCGAACGUUCGUCGUCAAAACCGAUCAACGACUGGCGCAGAAAACGGAGUUCCCUGCAGUGUGGAAUACCAUUUAUGAAGGGCCUUUAGCGAAGCAGUUGAAAUUAGUGAAGUUGUUCUCCCUGAGUACGAGUGGUCUUGGUUUGGCGAUACAACCCGUACUCAUGAACCAACUCAUGGCAUAUUCGUCUGGCGUGCUUAAAGUGCUAUUCGCCGGUUUCUGCGGUUUUUUUAUUCUUGCUACCCCGCUUCUUCUUCACAUGCUCGCAAAAAGGUACGUUAUUCGCGUGAAGUGGGAUGGCGACUCAAAGUUUGUUGCGACAACCUAUUCAUUCAUGUGUCGCGAAAAAACUGUCGAGUUUACUCCGGAUGAAGUUACAAUUCCGGAAGUCUGUGGACCUUUGACGUCAUUCAAAGUGAAAAACCUCGCGUUUUUCGCUGAUCCGAAUUAUUUCACUGACCUCUCUGGCUACGAAAAAAUGCUGGGUUACGAUAAACCCAUGGAUUUCAAGAUGGGUGGAAAACACCAAAUGUGAUAAUCAAGAAGUUUCUGAUGUAUGUUGCGCGCGUUUGUGAAAUUUGUUAGUGUUCGUUAUUGAUGAUGAGGAAAUCUGGAUACUUCAUCGGUGAA